AAAUUUAUAAGCUGGGAACACUGAUGAUGUGUUUCUCUUGUUUGUGUGUGUGAGUGAUGUCUCCGCCAUUGAAAUUCAUUUUAGCCGAGAAUUGAAAUAGGUUGUACCUUUCACAAAUCGGCAAAUAUCUUCAUAAUCUUCCUUUCUUUGCCUGUUCUAUUUAGCUAUAUUUCGUGCACCAUAAUUAUAUCAAAUGGCAGACAGAGACACAGAUGAGUUAAACAUCGAUAACGUAAUAAAAAAAUUAUUAAAAGUUCGGGGCGAAAAGCCUGGAAUGAAUGUACAGUUAACGGAAAUAGAGAUCAAAGGGCUAUGCUUGAAAUCGCGGGAAAUAUUCUUGUCACAACCGAUAUUACUUGAAUUGGAAGCACCGCUAAAAAUUUGCGGUGACAUCCACGGGCAGUACUAUGACCUGCUCAGGUUGUUUGAAUACGGUGGCUUCCCUCCAGAGUCCAACUAUUUGUUCCUCGGAGAUUACGUAGACCGUGGCAAGCAAUCUCUGGAGACGAUAUGUCUACUCCUCGCCUACAAGAUCAAGUACCCAGAGAAUUUCUUCCUUUUACGUGGCAACCACGAGUGCGCUAGCAUUAAUAGGAUUUAUGGAUUCUACGACGAAUGCAAACGGAGGUAUAACAUCAAGUUAUGGAAAACUUUCACAGACUGCUUCAACUGCUUACCGGUCGCUGCGAUAGUUGACGAGAAGAUAUUCUGCUGCCAUGGCGGCUUAUCUCCAGACCUGCAAGCUAUGGAACAGAUCCGGCGGAUCAUGAGGCCGACUGACGUCCCUGACCAGGGCUUGCUCUGUGACCUGUUGUGGUCUGACCCUGACAAGGAUACCGCCGGAUGGGGAGAAAAUGAUCGUGGUGUCAGCUUUACAUUUGGAACUGAGGUGGUAGGCAAGUUCCUAUCGAAGCACGAGUUUGACCUGAUCUGCCGCGCGCAUCAGGUCGUGGAAGACGGUUAUGAGUUCUUCGCCAAGAGGCAACUGGUCACCCUCUUCUCGGCGCCCAACUACUGUGGCGAGUUCGAUAACGCCGGAGCCCUCAUGUCAGUGGACGAGACACUAAUGUGCUCGUUCCAGAUCCUAAAACCGGCCGACAAACGCAAGCUUUACUCCGGCCUCAACAUGGGCCGGCCCAACACGCCGCCCCGCGCACAGCCCAAGAACAAAAAGAAGUGAGUCCUCACACAUACACAGAACUGUUGCACUAACAAUGUACACAUGCACCAAGUAGUAAGAAUGUUGUGCUCAGACUCUACUUAAAAAAUAACCAAUUAAAAUUCAACAAAAUGACGCGACAUUUUUUCUUGACCAGUAAGAAUUGUGUUCAUUUAUGAACAUUGAACACUACAUACUUACUACUCUAUGUAAACAGUAAUACGAUGGAAAUUAUAGGGAAAAUAAGGGUGUCAGUUUGGUAAUAGGGCAUGGUAAUAGAAAGGUACAGGCUACCGACGUGACGGGUCGUUAUUGGCAACGACCCUACGAAUUGACGG